AUGUACAUAUGUGUAUAUCCAUUGGGAUUUGAACUUGUCACGUCGUGGUAUUUUUACGGUAUUAUCAUCGUACGGAAAACAGACUGGAGGGAUGCAACGUGGUCAUAUUUUUGGCUCUCACUCGAUCGGGACACCGACCUCAGGAACUUCCCAUGGGGGAGCAGGUGUACCCGUUCAGGCAGCGUUUCACAUGGCCGGGCCUCGCUCGACUGCAGAACAUUCAAAAUGUAUGGGGAGUUGUUAACGGUCCCAAUGCAUUCAGAAUGUCGGAUCAGUCCGAAUGCAUCUGGUCCUUUGCACCAUCACAUACGUGUAGGAUGUUGUUCAGUAGCGGAGCGAGGCCCGCAAUUUCGAGUCUAGAUGGACCUACCAGCUUUCGUGCAACUCUCUCAUAACCAUGUAAUCAGUAGGGGGUCAGUCAGCGAAUGGGCCAAGUCCCUCUUACACUGAUUUGAAUCUUCUGGCUGUUGAUCUUCGCAAUCAGCGGCCAAAAUCGAAGAAUGCAGGGAAGUGGGUGGGACCACCACGGCCAAUUGUUUAUUGAUCUGCAUAUUGAAUAGAUAUGUGGAACUGGGACAGACCGGGUUCACCAUCUGCUUUGUCGUUAUUGGACUCGUUCUCUUCUUUCCAAGGACCACGUGGCAAUCCUGUCCCCGUGUUUUGCACCUAUAGACCUCUCUCUCUCCCCCUGUCUUCGGUGACAUGUUCCCGAUUAGGCGUGUCAACCCCGUUGGGUGGGCACGAAAGGUCGUUGUAUACAAUUGAUUGCUAGCAUAGCCAGCGAGAACGACUGAUUACUCGGUUGAGUUGAGUUGAGUUGGGGGAAAGGCCUUCCAUCUAGUAGAAAUCGGUCAAUUGACUGCCCUGCUAGAAUCAAUGGAUAUUUCUUUUUCUUCACCAUCAAAUCAAUCGAGCUUAUUUACCAUCUCCGCCUGAGUAUGCGAGUACGGUGACUCGUACGGUGACUCUGCUUAGUAAGUAGUGACAGCCCCACGGACAAGUUCUCCAGACCUUGCUUGCCUGGGGCCUGGUGACACUACUCGCGAUACUCCCAGUUUGGUGAGCUGGUCCAUGGUUCCACUAACCUGCCAAACUUGAUGGGCAGAAACGUGCUAGCAAUGUCAGCGACUUUGUUUUCUAACAAUCCCCCGCGACGGCCGUUGGCAACGUCCGUGCCUGUCACGGUCGUUUGUGGAGGGACGUCCUUGUGACCCCUCCGCAGAUGGAUAGACGGACGUUCUCGACAAGGAAGGGACGUCGUUGUGACCCCUUGAGAAAUGGCUGGACGUUCUUGGUUUUGCGGAGGGAUGCCCUUGUGACCCCUUCGGACGUGCUUGUGUGUAACCCCUCCAUGAACAAAUGUAGGUUCUUGGCAAGGAACGCCCCUGUAUGUUACGGAACGUCUUGCGGAGGAGCGUCCUUGUGACCCCCACUUCACGAACGGAUAGACUUAUUGGCGGGGAGUUGAGUUGCACGGCUGGAGAUGAGGUCGACUACCUUUUGGACUCCUGUUCUUGCCAACCGACUGAAGUGCGAAUGUGUGGGACCGUUUGCCUGCCGCGCAGCCGAAAAAAAAGGACUUGCCGCUUUUUGUGUUUUCUGCCCGCCACUCAGCCACCAAAUAACCCUGCUCUCCGACCGAUACUACUCGCCACGGAUUUUGGCGAAUGGCGAGUAGUGGAACCAGGCCCUUGUAGUGCCCACAUUAAUUAGGAAAAACCCUGCUUUCCCACUGAUACUACUCACCAGGGAUUUUGGCGAAUGGCGAGUAGUGGAACCAGGCCCCCCUUUUAGUGCCUAUCUUUCCGAACAAACCACGAAAUGAGAGACCUUUGGUAUUUCUAGGGUGAUUGAUCCUCUGAGUGAAGUUGAGGAACUGACUGUAUACGGGCACUGUUUCGACUGAACUCUUAAGCCGGGACCAGUGGAGUUUGAGGAGGCCCUAAGGAGUUGUUUCUAUUUUUAGUUUAAAUGUGCCAGUAUGCUAGUUGCCCACGAAGCACCGGGUAUCAUGGGCUUCUACCAGUGGUCUCCACCCGUUAGGUCUUAGAUAGUCUGUGAAUGGCAAGGUAUGUGGUCAUCGAGCUACUCUGUGAAUGGCAUGGUAUGUGGUCAUCGAGCUGGGACUGUUCCAAGUCUAGGUGUCUCUUUUACGAGCAAUCAAUCCGUCAUCUGGAGAAUCGGGCAAUUAUUUGGGAUGGAUGGGUCAAAGCACGCCGCCACGGAGUAUGUAGGACAUAUUUCCUUGCCGGUUUGAUGCUCUCAGUAGUAGGCUGUCUUAAACCCUGAGUUGCAACGGAGUUAAACGGAUAUUUGACAGGUGAUCCAAGUUGCUUGUUGGAGCUGUGGCUAAGCGCUUGCUUGUCAAAAAUAGCACUGUGGACAGCUGUAUUUCUGCAGUUGCAUCAUCCGUCCGACCAUGCGAACGGGUCAAAGCAUGACACCAUGCAAAGGAGAGAGGCAUCGGACGCUUGUUGAGUGUUAGACAUGCUUUCUUGGUAUGUUUGUUUAGAAUUUUCAUGUUUGUUUCGUUUUGUUCUUCUCUGAUUAUCUCUGAUUACUUGUCCUUUGAUUGCUUGUUUGGAUGUUUUAUUUUGUUCGUCUAUAUGCCUCCUGCUCGCAUUCCGUCCUGCACUCUUUUCAGCAUUCGCCAACUCUAUUCUCAUAUGGUCCCCCGUAAUCCCGUCUUCUGAUUAUGCUAGAUGCUUGUGCAUGUGUGCUGUGCACACACACACACACACACGCACACGCACACGCACACACACACACACACACACACACAGAGAGAGAGAGAGAGAGAGAGAGAGAGAGAGAGAGAGAGAGAGAGAGAGAGAGAGAGAGAGAGAGAGAGAGAGAGCUGAUGUUGAGUCUCUGUAAAACUGUGGGCCGGUGGUGGACGAAUACGGAGGAGGAGAAGAAAGUUUAUGUUUCGAGUCGACGUAGAAUGGGAGGCAGCAGGCGAUCGAGCAUUUACGAGUGUUGUGUGGGGAAUGCAGAAGUUGUUUAGGGCAGUGAGGAGGGCAAAAGACAAUAGGCAAGUGCGGCCUGGCGGGCCAUGACGAUCCAGAAUACUAUGGACAAAAGAAGAAGCCAAAAGGAGAGGCUGCUCCUGGGAAAUGCAGUUGGGUACAUCUUGAUGAGGGACACAUUUGGCCUUGGAAAUGAGCGGAAACGGAAGGCAAGGAGUUUGUGGGGUUUUGAAUUUGCAACCUCGUCUUCGUUGGGAAGUGGGAAGAGCAACAAUGGAAAAGGUAAUGGAGGUACAGAGGGAGGGAGGGAGUACAAGGCGAGAAGGAAAGAAGGAAAAGGGGCAGAAGGAGGGCUCGAGGUGCCGUGGAGUGUUUUGUGGACAAAUCGUUGGAUUGGACCCCUAACGACAUUCUCAACGUCUGGUGUUUUGGGACACGAGUGUACGGGCUUGCAGACAGUAAUCGCAAAACAGGAAAGCUAUGGGGAAGAAGUCGGCAGGCAACGAGUGGCUUGCAAGUGGCUGAGGAGGAGGUUGUGACAUUGUUUUUUUUUUCUUGCGGGGCUUGAUACAAGCGGUGACUGGUGACGACUCAAAGAGAGCAAGAAGGAGAGAGGCGACAUGCAAAAGCAAGCGGAAUGGUGAGGUCAGGGCUAUGGUGCACAUUAUGGGGCUUUUGCACAUGUAACUGCAUUUGCAAGGGGAGAGAAAAGAGGAAGGCUACGAUCAUGGGCCGCCUCUUUUUUUUUUUUCUUUUUUUUUUUUGACCGUUUCAUCGAUUCGCUUGUGAAUUUUUUCUAUGCUGGUUAUCUUUCUUGCAGUGACGUGGUCGAUGGCGCUCUUCAGCCGGUUCAGAUCAGCGCACUGCACUCCACAAUUUGUGUAUUGGUUGAAUUCCUUAGGACACUAGGAACUUGGAUAUUGAACAAUCGGUUGCUGGUCUUUGCAUAAGGUGCUUUAGAAUUGGUGAAUGACCGCGGCUUCAAUAAGUGUAAUUGUGUAUUCUUAAUCAUUCUUAAACAGCAUUUCGCCGAAGUCUUUUGUCUCUUCUCUCCUCCCUCGUUCCAGUUGUCCUUUUCGCCGUAUUCUUAAUCAUUCUAGAACAGA